GUGUCUCAUUGCUCCACUUUUUCAUGUGAAAACGAACGGAAGCGUCUUUACUGCAUUGAAUCGUUUAAUAAAAUAAAUAUUAAUAUAAUAAUGAGAAGACCUCAUGUUUCGUUAAAAGAUGGAGUUGAAAUAUAUUUUAGUGGUAGUCCUAUUUAGUGCGGGGGUUGGUGGUGAGCUGUGUCCAAAGGAAUGUGACUGUGACAUGGACAAUGGGUUGAACAGGGCAAUGUGUGUCGAUCAAAACAUUAUCACCAUUGACAUGGGAGUGCCCAAAGAAGUACAAGUGUACAGCCUGAGUCAUAAUGUUAUUAGUGGAUUGGAUAAUUUUUGUUUUAAGAACAUUGGCUACACAUCGCUUCAAAUGCUGGAUCUCUCGUAUAACAUGAUUUUCUGGAUUGGUCUGCAUGCUUUUUCGGGAUUGGAUAAAUUAGUACAUUUGGAUCUCAGCAGCAACAGACUGAGAUACAUUCCUUCCGAUCUAUUCUUCGACACGCCGGAAUUAGACACUCUAGACUUGUCAUCAAACAUGUUUGAAAGUCUUAGAAAUGAACCCUUUUUGAUGCAUUCAAAGCUAAAGGUAUUAAACCUUAAUAAUUGCCGCAUUAAGACCCUACCGCCGCGAUUAUUCAACCGUCUGCCAAAUUUGAGAAAACUAGAUUUAAGUGAGAACUAUGUAACAAGUUUGAAAACAGAGGUUCUGAUACCUUUACGCAAGCUAGAAAGGAUAGAACUUCGCAACGAGCACUGGCUAUGUAAUUCAGAUUUCAAAGCACUGGAAGAUUGGAUAACAUCUCAAGGUAUCACGUAUCAAAAACAGUGCAAGAAAAGGGUACCGCAAAUGUCCGAGAAAAUGAUAUCCGUAGUUGUGGAGGAAAAGAAGGAAGUCGACGUUAACGAAAUUUGGAACAUAACUACAGUGAAAAACGAUACUGCGGUGGAAGAAACAAAUAAACCAGUAACACCAUUUCAAAAAUUCGAUCAAGACUUUUCAGCAGUCAAAGCUUUCAUUCUUGGCAUUGAAAUAGGUUUAGCUAUUGGAAUAGUGGGGACAUACGUUUGGUUGAAUAGAUUCUGUACAUGUCGUGGAUUGCGGUGUACUCGGCCACAGGCACGGAGGCAAAGAAGACGAAGAAUGCAGAGAUUUGACGGAGACAUGAGAACUAAUUUACUGUGGACUUCUGUUGUGAACCCUGACUUGGAGACUCCGCUCUCGUUUCGGAGACAGCUCUCCUUGCCUGAUAGAAGCGCACCGUUUCCAACGUACGGUCUGCCAGGCGUGACUGAAGCUCCAUUACAAAUAGAUGCGAUACGUAUUCCAGAUCGCAGCGAGACGCCACCGCCGCCAUAUCAUGACUGCCGCAUUAAUGUUUGAGCUACAAGUAAAUGCGUAGCGAUUAAUUUCUCUCAUGUGAUAUUUUUUCGAAUUAAGUCGUUGUUAGUGGAAGCUUGUUAUGACGUUCAAGAUAAGAUAACACCAUUCGUGGUAAAUUUCUGCUCGUUGCACUUCGACAAGUGCACCUCUUGGAAAGUGUGACGGAAUGACUUUUAGUGAGUAAAACAAUGUAUGUAAGUUGUAAUAAUAUUAUAGCGAUAAGACUAAAAUUGAUGUACAAAAACAAAAAGACUUAUUUUAUAAAAUCGUUAUUUAUUUUAUAAAUACCA